AUGUUGCAAACGACACUAACGACGCACCCAUUGACAUUCCCCGCCAUCUCCAUCACAUCCCCCACACCACCCCGACCACUAACACACAACACACAGGGCACCCCAUCAUCUCAGCCCUUCAGCUCUCCUUCAUAUCGUCUCUUAUACCGCGGGGCACUAUCCCUACCCGAUUCUCAUUUACUCCUCGACGGACUAACCUUCGCCGCCAAGCUCGACGACACACCCUCAAAACACCAUACCUUCAACCUCCUCCAGAACCCGCUAGCGCUAGCUCUAGAAAGUAUGCGUGGUCGUCCAACUCUGCGGUUCAUGGGUGUCGUACAACUUCGUGACGUGUACGUGGACGAAAGUGGUGGUGUUGAGCUAGACAUACACCCGCACGCAACACUCACACGAAUAUACCUAGAAAACACAUUCUGCCUUUCCCCCCUCCCUGCUGCAUCCUCAUCCUCCUCCUCCUCAAAACACACCAAAUCAGAGAUCGGCAUGAAAGUCGCUCUAGGGGACAGCAACGGCCCCGAAACGACCCAAAUCAUCAUAUACGCCUCACUCCAACCGCAACAAACUCUACUCACACCCAACACCACCCGCACCAUCCAACUAAAUGUCGGACGUCUAACGCCCCAUCCACCUGUACAACACCAUCUCCGCUUACCACGCCCAGACGACCCCAUACCGCGCAAGCCACCCGUAACCUUCGGACACGACCUUAAGAAAUCGGGGAGUCUUUCAUUGGUGGGGACGUCUUCGUCUUCUACCAGUCGAGAGCUCAAGCGCGUGGCGAGUGGAAACGUCCCCGGCGGCGCAACAGCACCCAAACGGCAAAAACUGAUGAGAGUGGGUAGCGUUGCUGAUCUCGGAAGCGGGGUACGCCUCGGUGGUGCUGGUGCCAGUGAGACGGGGCAGUUAUUCAAGAUCCCAGAAUUGCCUAUCAAGCACGCAACGAGCAAGGGAAAGGAAAAGGAAAAGGCAGACGUGUUUGGGGACGUGGAAGAAGUACCGACGCGUGUUAUAGGUGUUGGCGUUGAGAGCAAGUCUAACUCUAAGGGGGGAAAGAAAAAGGCGGAGGAUAACGAAGAUGCAGCGGCUAGUUCGGAGAGGGCGAAUAAGAAUCUCAUCAAGAAAGCAACAAUAGCCUACCUAGCACGCACAAAAGACCCAACACGGGCCAACAACCCUCCAAUCGACAAACACCACCCCGAUUUCAAGGAGCUUUAUGGGUUUGUGUAUAGAGGUGUUGGGUAUGCUUUGCGAGCGAAAAUGAAGUUGGGCACGACGGUGGAUCCUGAGCUCGUUGAUCGUUUGCUUUCGCGCGUCCACAUUAUACCAAAGAGAUUAAAGAAGACAACCACUUCUUUGUAUAAGAUAACACCCCAGGUUUACGAGUUCGUGUCGCUAGAGGGGUAUGCCUUGUACGUUAUAAACAGCUUGAAAGCCUACAUAGACCAAAAAUCACAAAUCUUGCCAUCUCCAAAGUCUGCUGUCUGA